GUUCUUUUGCCGAAUCAACUCAAUUAUCAAACUGCUGGUCAGAUUGUAUCACAAGAAUUGUUGCACUUUUCAAAUAUAUUUCCAGCUAUGUUAACUGCCGAACAAAUUGAAACAUACAAUAGAGAGGGUUGCUUAUGUAUCCCAAACUUUCUUAGCCCUGAGGAAAUCAAGAAAUAUCUUGAGCAAUCCAAGCAGCUUUUAGAUGAUUUUGAUCCACAAACUCAUCCAAAGACUCAAUUCAAAACUGGCGAUAAUGACCAUGUAGGUGAUAAUUAUUUUUUUGAUUCAUCUGAUAAGGUUUCAUAUUUUUUUGAUACUGAUGCAUUUGACGAGAAUGGUCAAUUGAAGUAUUCCAAAGAGAAUUCGAUUAAUAAAAUUGGCCAUGGAUUACACAUGCACAAUGAAACGUUCCGUCAACUUACCUUUGACGAUAGAAUCAAAGGUGUGGCACGGUCUCUUGAAUAUAAUGAUCCACGGGUGUUGCAAAGUAUGUGUAUUUUUAAACAGGGAACAUCAGGACCUGCGAAGGAAAGAGAUAAUUUAGUUCCUGUUCAUACCGAUGCAACUUUUUUAUUUACUGAACCUCAAUCUGCAAUUGGAUUUUGGUUUGCCUUGGAGGAUUGUUCUGAAGAUAAUGGAUGUUUAUGGUAUCAUCCUGGAUCUCAUAAAGUAUUCCCCAUAACUAAAAGAUUCGUGAAGAUCGAUGGGGGUAAAAAGGGAACAAACUUCAUACCAGUAGAUUAUGACAAAUCUGUACCAAUCCCGGAUGAUAGUCCAGAAGUCUACAAAAGUAUUGAAUGUAAAGCUGGAUCAUUAGUAUUAAUCCAUAACUCAGUUUUACACAAGUCUGAAAAGAAUCGCACCCCAAAGUCUCGAUUUAUUUAUGCAUUUCAUGUUAUUGAUGGAGUGGCUAAAUACGAUAAUUUAAACUGGUUACAAGUUCCACCCCUGGAAGCUGGAGGAACUGAAUUUUCAAAGUUAUAUGAAAAUUAA